UUAAAACUAAGUAGGAAUUUCGUGAUCUGCUUUUUUGAACAUUUUUGAAAAUUGAGGAAGACUCAACAUUGACAACAUGCCACGUUUCCGAAGAGCUGCCUUUGGAACCAACGAACCGGAUGUGUACGGCGUUCCUCCGGAUCCGAAUAUCAGCCAUGCAGCUCGGAUCUACGGACUGAGUGCCGCCCUGGCUGCCAUCGCCCUGACUCAGUGGGUCAUUAUUUCCCUGUGCGAUUUUUCCAUCCACCACAGAUCCGAGGUGCGCUACGGCUGGUGGCUCCUGUGCACCUUCUUUGCGGUGGCCACCUUGGCCUGGACCAGAAUCGGACGCAAGGUGCCGUAUAACUACAUCCUUAUUGGGGCCAUCGUGGAGAGCUCCACCAUUUACAUAGCCAUGGAGCAGAAGCACAGCGCCAAUGUACUGGUCAAUGUCUACGCCGUCAUCGUGGUGGUUUGCCUGAUGUUGGCCGCAAUUUUCUGGGGCGCCUACUUUCCCAUGUUCAUUGUGCCCGGCGACCUGGUGCUCAGCAUUUUGGUGGCCAUUGCCAAUAUCAUGAUCAUUUUGUUCUUCAUCAAUGCCUACUUCGUCGGCUACAAAGAGCUAUACCAUGCGGUUCGAACCACAUUCGCCCUGGUGGCCGUUUGCACGGUGAUGUAUACCGCCACCAUUAUUCACGAUCGCCAGUUCGAGGUGCCCAAGAACGAGUAUCUGUUCCUCAGUGUCCUGCAGUUCUUUUCCUAUAUGAUCUUACAUGAACGCAUCCUGUUUAUCGCCUAUCGAAGUACUGACAAAAUCCAAUGCUGACAUUAUUUGGCCUUCUACUUUUACUUUUAAUUUAUUAAAAAUACAAAAACAAUCCACCCACUAAAGAGUGGACUCUAAUUAUCUACCUAAAAU